AUGCAAAAAGCAUAAUUAGUUGAAUUCUUUCUUCUUACAUUAUUACAAAUAAUACAUAGUCAAUAGAAGGAUUGGAAUUAAAUAACAGAAUUUUAGGUUAAUAAUUGCAGUUAUUUUAAUUAAGUCAUCUCUUAUAUACCAGAAUCAUGCUAAAUUGUAUAUAUUACAUCUAGUAACUUUGUUUGUAUUAAAAAUCACUUAAUAAUGAAUGUUAAAUAACUCUAUUUUACAUAAUCAAAUAUUACGAAUUGUGAGAUCAUUAAAAUAGAUUCUGAAUAUAUUGAAAUUCAUAAUAUCAAUUUAAUUAAUAACAAUACCAGUUAAUACUAAUUUUAAUCAUAAGGAAACAUAUUAGUAUAAGGGAAUAUUGAGUAAAAGUUUAAUCACACAGAAUUAAUCAUAGAAUCAUAAAAUGAUAUUACAAUUAAAGAUGCUUAAAUAAAUAUUGAUUAAUUAGCAAUAGUAUCACAUAAUGGCAUAAUUGAAAUUACUAAUAGUAAUGUUAUAAGUUUAAAUCCUAAAUGUAACAUGAAUAAUGAUCUAGAAUUGACAUCAAAUUUUAAGAUAGUUUCUUAAGAAAAUGUUACAAUUGAUUCUAAAUCUAUUAUCACUGCAUCUACUAUAAUAAUAUACUCAAAUCAUACAAUAGUAGAUGGAAUAAUUUAAUCUCCUUUUGAUUGUUAUACAAAUCAAGGUGUUGGAAAAGCUCCUAUUUUUACAAUUGAAGGAUUGAUAUGUUUAAGUGGAGGUGGAUCAUCAGCUGGACUAGGAGGUAGAGGAAGUCAGGAUAAAUAAUGUUAAGCUCUAGAAAAGACAUCAAAGUAAUUCAUAAAAUCUCAUCCUUAUAAUCAUCCUAAUUAUCUAAGAAGUGGAAGUGGAGGUGCAGGAACAAUAUCAAUUGGUAGUGGUGGAGGUAUGAUAUUACUAUAAUCACUAAAUACAAUUUCAAUAAAUGGUGAAUUGUUAUGUAAUGGAGUGGAUGGAUAAUUUAUUAAUCUUUAAAAUUAGUUUGGUGGUGGAGGUGGAGGAGCAAUUCAAAUAUUAGCUAAAUAUAUUGAUGGAAAUGGUGUCAUCUAAGCAAAAGGAGGAAAUUCUGAUGUUUCUAAUUAAGUAGGUGAAGGAGGAGGAGGAAUAGUUUUAGUUUAAGGAGAAUUAUCAAAAAUGGCAAAACUUAAAAUAGAUGUUAGAUCAGGUAUAAGAAAAGAUUAAUAAGCCUAAAAUGGUACAAUAUAAUUUCUCCCUUGUGAAGAUGGAUAUCAUCUUAAUAAAUUUUAAUGUGUUGAAUGUCCAAGUAAUUCUAUAUCAUUUGCAAAAAGAGGACAUUGUUUUAAAUGUCCAGGAGUACUUUUUGGAUAAUAUUAUGUUGAUUGGCCUUCUUGUAAUGAGAAAGUAUGUAAUUAGUUUUAUUGUGAUCCAAUUACAUUUAUCUCAAAUGUUAUGUUCAGUCUUCUUAAUCUAAUUCUUUAUCUUAUAUUACUUUUAUUUAUAUCAAUAGGAUAUAUAAUUAGAAGAAUGUAUAGGAUGCAGGAAAUCAAAUAUGAGAAAUUACCUUUUGACUUUGAAUCAGCCACAAGAUAUAUGACUAUUGAUCAUUUGUUAACUGAUGAAUUAAUGAAAAAUAAUAAUUUCUAAUUGAUUGAUCUUAUGUAUCAUGUUCAUAGAAUUACAUUACUUGGAAAUAAUUCUCCUGAAAAUCCAUGGAAAUUGCCAUCUCAUCCUGAAUCUGGUAUAGAAUAUCUUAUGGAUCUUGAAGAAUAUAAAAGAUUUGCAAAUAAAAUUAAUAAAUUUGCAGAAUGGAAAAAAUAAGAAAAGAUUUUAUUAAUAAUUGUUUCUAUUCUAUAUUAUCCAUUAUAUUGGAUGAUUUUAACUUAUAUAAAAAAAAAGAAAUAUUUAAGAAUAAUAGAAUAUUUUCAUUAAUCAAAUAUUAUGAAACUUAUGGAUGAUCAAUUUAUUAAAAUAAAAAUAUCUAAAUCAGCUGAUUAUACAUUACUUUAUUUUGAUAUUUUCAACUACAAAAUUAGUGAUUUAAAGUAUUUUUUUCUAGCAUGUCCAUAUUAUAUACUAGUUUCAGGGGAAGGUAACUUUCUUAAACCCUUUUAUUUAUGUGAAAGUAAUCCUUUUCUAUCAUGUCUCUAUUUUUCAAUCAAUAGAAAUAAAGAGAUUCAUGAAGAUAGAAAUAAAAUUUUAGAUAAUUUGGUUACUCAUAAAAAAAGAAUGGAAAAUAGUUAAAAAUUAAAUAAUUUCAUUAUUAAAUUUAAUAGAUAUGCAAGAGCUAUUGAUGUUGAUAGUAAUGAUUUUGCACAAAAUGUAUAAUAAUUAAUUAUCUUUUGUAAUCAUCAAAAUGUUAAAUUCUUUUCAGAUUUCUUAAUUACAAUUAAUAUUAUUAUUAUUAUUGAUGAUGAAUUUACUAUAUUAGAAAAUUAUGAAUCUUAAGAAUUUAUUAAAUUUAUAGAAGAAGCUAAAAAUAAACAUUUGAGAUUUGGAUUAUUCAUUUAUGAUUCAGAAGCAAAUCCAGAAGAAAUAGAAGAUGUUUUAGAUAAUUAAAGAAUUUCUUUAGAAUAAUCAAAUUAAUUUUAAGUUCUUGAAGAAGAUAAAGAAAGUUUUGAUAAUGUUUCAAACCUUGAAGAUCUUAAACAUUAAUAUAUUGAAAGAAUUCAAGAUUCAGUUUAGUCAUCAUAAGAAAUUUAAUCAGAAAAAUAAAAUAAAUCUAAGAAUAGAAAAUCUACAAUGGAAAUAUUUAAUAAAAUUAGAUAUUUAUUCUUAUCUCAUCAAGUUCCAACUGUUGGUCAAAAUACAAAAAUAUAUGUUCAAUUAUUAUUAUCCAUUUUAGAUGCAGUAAACUUUUAUAUUAUUUUUAGAUAUUUUUACCAUUAUUAAUUUAAUAAGGAAUAGAUGCAAGCGAUUUUUAUUUCGAAUAAAUUUUGUUAUUAAGUUUUCCUUAUCCAUUAAGUAUUGUUAUAAGUCCAAUUUUGGGAUGUGUUUGGAUGACUACUUAAUCAUAUGGAAUUGCAAAAGUUCAUUCAAUCUUCAAUUCAUUAUCUAUUUUCAACCUAAUUGUUCAUAUUAUUAUAAUGAUAUAAAAGAUGAUACCAUUAGCCUUUGUCAUAUUAUUUAUCAAUUUAAUUCUAAAAAUAUUGCUAAUGAUAAAUAUUAAGAGAAUACUGUCACUAAAUAUUAAAUUAAAUAAACUAAAUUAAAUUAAACAUAUUAUUCAAUGA